UAUUGUGAAUCAGGAAUGUGGAAUUCAUACGUAACUGGGAAUGUUACAUAAGGGCACUUUAGUGUAGGUCUGCCUGUUCAAGUUUCAGUGAUCACAGGUACCAGCACUCAGACAGCCAGGUUACAAAGAUAGAAGGAGGACGAAUACAGGCACAUUUUAAAGUGACUGAGGCACUUAGCUGCAGGGAGCUCAGGAGAGAUUGUUUUUGGGGAGAGCCUACUGACAGAUUCUUGCCUUUGGAUUCAGAUAUUGGAAAAGAUUUUGGCUGAAAACCAGAGAAAAUCAAGAGGAGAUUAAACCAAAACAUCUCUGGCAAACAGAAGGACACGAGGAAAAGAUAAUGAAAGAGUGAUUCAUAUGCAGUGAUUGUGGUCUCUGACAAGCACGCAGGAAGAGGAUUGCAGACAGUUGGAAUUUGUGGUGUACAAAAGCAGUGCAGCCGUGAGUGUUUGACUAAGGACCAUAAGCCAGCUGAGAGAGGAUCUCCCGGAGGAACCACUGCACUGGCCUUGCUCCAGUCUUUUUACAGUCGGAUUUUUACUUCUGCCUCUUGAUUUCCUCGAGUAAACUUUUGACAGUGUCAGACAUGUCAGAGGAGAAACAGAUAUCCUAUAGCGAGGCCAUUCAGAAAGCCAGCGCCUCCAUCACUCGCUUCCCUCUCAUCCCGGUCAGAGGAGUUCCUCUCAUGAGCUACAUCGCCAACAACUGGGACUCCAUCUGGGCUUUCCGUCCAGACCCCUCAGACCUCCUCAUCGCCACCUACCCCAAAGCAGGGACCACGUGGACCCAGGAGAUAGUUGACCUGCUUCUUCACAACGGAGAUGCUGAGGCCUGCAAACGAGCCCCCACACCCGUCCGCAGUCCUUUCCUGGAGAUCUGCUCCCCACCACCCAUCCCCUCAGGUCUUGAUCUUCUGAAGGAAAUGGGCCCCCCAAGAGUUAUCAAAACACAUCUUCCUUUUCAGUUGGUGCCUCCUGGAUUUUGGGAAAACAAGUGCAAAGCCAUCUACGUGGCACGCAAUGCCAAAGAUAACCUGGUGAGCUACUACUACUUUGAUUGUAUGAAUCUGACCCAGCCUGAGCCGGGGCCCUGGGAGGGCUACAUUCACAAGUUCAUGCGAGGAGAGUUGUCGUGGGGCUCCUGGUAUGACCACGUGAAGGACUACUGGGUGGAGAGAGAGAAGAGGAAUAUUCUUUACCUCUUCUAUGAGGAUAUGAAAGAGAAUCCUCGGCGUGAAGUCGAGCGCAUCAUGAGAUACCUGGACUUGUCGGUCUCUGAUGAGGUCAUCAAUCGGAUUGUGGAGCUCACGUCCUUUAAGAACAUGAAGGAGAACCCGAUGGCCAAUUACUCCUGCAUCCCAACACCUGUAUUUGAUCAGUCCAUCUCCCCCUUCAUGAGAAAAGGUGAAGUGGGUGAUUGGACAAACCAUUUCACACCUGAGCAAUCAAAGAUAUUUGAUGAAGAUUAUGAACAGCAAAUGAAGGAAGUCAACAUACCAUUCAGGACCCUCAUCUAAUGGAUUUUGGGCUUUAUAAGUUGAUGCAGCUCUGCGAACCAAAGACCGAUGACAGUGGCAUUGUGCAGCUCUCAGAAGGCGGAAAACCAAAACAAACGAUGAAUAAAAAGAAAAAAAUGUUUGACUCACUCCUCAAGUCUCGAUGUUAAACACCAUAAUCACUGAACCUCAUGAUGUGUAGCUACAGAGGAAAGUCAUCCAAAUCUAUGUGGAAAGGAUCAAUAAAAAUGUGCUCCACAAUACAAAGUA